ACUCCUGCCCGGGGAGCGGAGGCAGCGGCGGCUCCCGCUCCGGCUCCGGCUCCGGCCCCGGCCCCGCAGCGCUGACCGCCAGGGCGCAAACCGCGGGGGGCUCCGGCGGCGCCGAGCCCCGCGCCCCGCAAGCGGCCGCUCUCCUGCCAAAACAAACGGCCCUUCGCUAUUUAUUGCCGCCGCCGGGGCACGGCGGCUCAGAGCGGCACGACAGCGGGCGGCCGCCGCACCGGGCAGCCGGAGCGCGCCGGGCAGCCGCCGCGCCCGCACCCGCACCGGCACCUGCGCGCCGCAUGGGGAGCCCCGGGGCGGGCGGCGGGAGCGGCGGCCGAGCCUAGCGGGGCCCCCGGAGCCGCCGGUCCCCCCUCGGGCCGCCCCGGGGCCGCCGGGCGCGCCAUGAAGCCGGCGCGGCUGCUGCUGCUGCUGAGCGGGUGCGCGCUGCUGCUGGCGCCGGCCGUGCGCUGCUGCGGGCCGGGCAGGGUUGUGGGCAGCCGCCGCCGGCCGCCCCGCAAGCUCAUCCCGCUCGCCUACAAGCAGUUCAGCCCCAACGUGCCCGAGAAGACGCUGGGGGCCAGCGGGCGCUACGAGGGCAAGAUCGCGCGGAACUCGGAGCGCUUCAAGGAGCUCACGCCCAACUACAACCCCGACAUCAUCUUCAAGGACGAGGAGAACACCGGCGCCGACCGGCUCAUGACCCAGCGCUGCAAGGACCGCCUGAACUCCCUGGCCAUCUCCGUCAUGAACCAGUGGCCGGGGGUGAAGCUGCGGGUGACGGAGGGCUGGGAUGAGGACGGCCACCACUCGGAGGAGUCGCUGCAUUACGAGGGCCGAGCCGUGGACAUCACGACGUCAGACAGGGACCGCAACAAGUACGGCAUGCUUGCCCGCCUGGCUGUGGAGGCCGGCUUUGACUGGGUCUACUACGAGUCCAAGGCGCACAUCCACUGCUCCGUCAAGUCAGAGCACUCGGCUGCCGCGAAGACGGGCGGCUGCUUCCCCGGGCGGGCGCUGGCGACGCUGGAGAACGGUGCCCGGACGCCACUGUGGGCACUGCGGCCGGGCCAGCGGGUGCUGGCGAUGGACGGGGCGGGCCGGCCCACCUACAGCGACUUCCUGGCCUUCCUGGACAAGGAGCCGCGCGCCCUCACUGCCUUCCACGUCAUCGAGACGCGGCAGCCGCCCCGGCGCCUGGCCCUGACGCCCACCCACCUGCUCUUCGUGGCCGACAACGCCUCGGCGCCCGCCGCCCAAUUCCGCCCCACCUUCGCCAGCCACGUGCAGCCCGGACACUUCGUGCUGGUGGCGGUGGGCUCGGGGGGGCUGCAGCCCGCCGAAGUGGUGGGGGUGAGGGGCCGGACGGACGUGGGGGCUUACGCCCCGCUGACGCGACACGGGACGCUGGUGGUGGACGACGUGGUGGCCUCGUGCUUCGCCCUGGUGCGGGAGCAGCAGCUGGCGCAGAUGGCCUUCUGGCCGCUGCGGCUGUACCACAGCCUGCUGGGGGGGCCGGGGGUGCAGGGCGACGGUGUGCACUGGUACUCGGGGCUGCUCUACCGCCUGGGCAGGAUGCUGCUGCCCCCCGACAGCUUCCACCCGCUGGGGGCGCCCCGGGCCGAGAGCUGAGGGUGUACCGGCGGAGGAGGUGGCGGCGCGGCGACCCAACCCCGGCUGUGCCCACAUUGGGAUGGGGGGCCGCAUCCACCCCCGAGCCGCGGGGGCUUCGCCCCGCACGCCCCCUCCUCACCCCUUUGCUGGUGGGAUCCACAUGCUGCUAUUUGUGUGUGUGUGCGUGCGAUGUGCGUGUGCGUGUGCAGGGCUGGGGAGCGGGGAACGGAGGCUGCACCCGGGGCUCCCGGUAGCUGCAGCCGUAUGGGGAGACUUGGAGAGGGAGUGCCGGGCGCUUUGUGGGGUGGUGCCGUUCCCAGCCCUGGAUUGUGGCAGCUGGAAAGAAGGGGAUGCGGGUACUGGGACCGAAAGAGAGGCGCACCCAAACCAGAGCCUUGUACGGAGGGGAUGGCGUGGACGCGGCACGAGACCCGUGACUUGGUUGCGUGGGUGCUGCCAGGGCAGCAGGCUUGGAAACGGGAGCCAAAGGCAGCAGCGCAGCCAUCCUGCCUGCAGGGACAGUAUAACAGCACGGGGGAGCUGCUCUGGGAUCACACCCCGGGGGAUGCAGCCCAGCAGGGGCAGCACGGAGGAAGCGGCUCCCUCCUCGCCCUCCCCAGGCUCCCUGCGUUUGCACCCCAAAGCUACCAACACCCCGCAGGUGCUGCCCUCCUGCCCCAGCACCCCACACCCUCAGGGUAUCUCAUUGCUGCUUGCCCGCUCUGGGGGCCUGGGGGGGUCCCAUCAGAGCCACAGCCACAGUCACACGUCUUUAUUUAUUUAUCUGCUCUUUGUAUGUACCAUAGCCGGGAGGCACCAUGGGCGCGUGCAGGGUAAGAAGGGAACGGGAGGGGUGGGCAAGCUGGUUAAUUUGGGAGGGGGGGGUGGGGUUUUUUUGUUUCUUUUUUUUUUUUUUAUGAAAAGCAGAAAUUAUUUAAAGAUUAUUUUAAAGCACACUUUUGAUGGUGAUUGUUGUCCAGGGCGAAGUGAGCCGACAGCAGGUGUACUUUUGUCUCUUCACUGGAUGUACCUUUCCUGGUCGGGGACACGGCCCAAUAAAUCUGUCAUCUCCCA